AUGCCUGGUGCUAUAGAUGCUUUAUUUUUGAAGCUAAGAACGAAUUUCGAAACUUACAAGGAUAACCAAAGCAUUCAAUCACAUUCAAAACCACCACUUUCAGAGGAUGAAGAAUUUUUUAUAACUGUGAUAGUUCCUGAAAUAAGAAAGAAAUAUAUUGAUGAUAAUAAUUAUAAUUUUCCAGUUUCUAGUAAACUUCAUCCAAUUAUACGGGAAUUUUUAAGACAACCGGAUAUAAAAUCUUUAUUAUACAAUCUACAUCCACAUUUUUUAUGUAUGUUAAAUUAUCCAAAAAUUGAUCCAAAUUUCUAUCGAAAAAUUACAGAUGAAAGUUGGUUAAGAAAGAAUUUUGAUAGAGAUGUUUUUGAUGAAUGGAGAUUGAAAUUCAUCGAAGAAGAAAGAGCAAUAAGUGACAAUGGUGUUGAGGUCAGUCAAGAAAAUGAAACAAUUGAAGAAGAUGAAAAUGAUAAUAUAGUGGAAGCCACAGAGGAGGAAAUGGAAGGGAUCCAUGAAGAGACUGUUGAUUAUGAAUCAGAGAUCCAUGAUACUGAAAUUUAUCCUUUAAUCAGAAAAAAGGGGGAGCUAAUCGAAAAUUUGGAAUCGAUAAAAAGAGAGGUCGAAGAAUCACAGAAAAGAGUCGAUGUUCAAAAAAAUAAAAUUGUAAAAAACUCAGUGACUAUAGAGAAACUUUAUGAAGACCUUAAAAAAAACAAUGAAGAAUCUGCACAACUUGAGGAGGAAUUAAAAAUUGUGAAUUCAAAUGAAUCUGAGAGACUGGGUCUACAUUUUAUUUCCUAUUCUGAUGAGACACAUUUGCAAAAAAUGCAUCAAGAUAUAAUAGGGAUGAAUAAUGAAAUUCAUAAAUGCAAAGCUUUGAUUGAUGGAAUGGUGAAUGAAAGAUCUAAAAUCCAAUUGUCUAUUAAUAAUGAAGGUGAAGCGUAUUUAAGACAAAAAGAAUUAGACUCAGAAAUUGAAUCUACUAGAAUUAAGUUGAGUUCGAUGGAGCAAAAAGUAGCUAUAGCUAAAGAAAAUUUACUUAACGAGAAAUGCAAAAUCUCAAAGCUUUUAGGCCAAGAUAAUACAUCAAUCAAAAGUAAAACAAAAUAUGUCAAUAAACUUAUUGAUAAAAAAAAUGAUUAUCAAAAAAAGUUAGGAAUUAAAAUAACUCAGUUGGGAGCAGAAAAUGAAAAAGUAGCUGAAAGAGUAGACAGAAUAUCAGCUCUAUUGAUAAAACAGAAAAAAUUAAUUAUUAAAAAAAAUGAACAAUUGAAUAAACUUACAUUAGAAAUUGAUAAAAAGUUGAUUAAAUUUAGAAAAAGAAAGGCAAAAGAACAACUUCAAAAAGAACCUAAAAAAAGAGGAAGGAAACCUAAAAUUAGGAAGAAACCAGAUAAUGAUGAUCAAUCCGAUUUAGUUAGUGAGUCAUUAAUACCACCAGUAUCUGCCCCACCAUUAUCACAUCAAUUGUUUAACACUAAAAUUCCUGCUCAUGCAAGAUUAGAUAAAUUAUUACUUCAUUGCUCAGCUCCUCAUGAUAUGACUCGUGAUAUUAUCAUGAUGGAAGUAGAUGAAGAUCAAUUGAAUAAAUUUUUAAAUUUUUUUGAAAAAAAUCAUAC